AUGUCCUCCAGUAGUAUUUCAGAAAAGAUAGCUGUGAAUGAGCUUGAGCGCAAGGACACAGGUCUCUUGAAAGAGAUGUCCAGCUCCUCGAAUUCUGUUCACGAAGUAGAAGCAGGCUUCAAAGUAGGCGAAGAUGAAGAGGUUUAUGUUAUUAGCGAAGAACAGAUUCGCGAGCAGAUGAAGAUUUAUGAAGACGAUAUCGCAAACCGUCCGCUAUCUGCGACUUUGAAACAACGUUUCGUGCGUUUGGAGUUGGUCGAGGUCAACUUCAAGAAUAAGAGAAAUAUGGUGUUGAUGCUUGGUACUUUUGCCGCAUUUGCCGGUAUUCUUUCUGGUAUCGAUCAGUCCAUUAUCUCAGGUGCCAGUAUCGGUAUGGGUAAGACUUUACACUUGACUUCCCAUGAGAACUCGUUGGUGUCGUCAUUGAUGCCUCUAGGUGCCGUUGCAGGGUCUAUUCUUUUGACCCCAUUGAGUGAGUAUCUCGGCAGAAAAUUCGCCCUUGUUGUUUCAUGUAUCUUCUACACCAUUGGAGCCAUUCUGUGUGCUGCCGCACACAGCGUGCACACCAUGUACGCCGGUAGAUUUUUGAUCGGUGUCGGUGUCGGUAUUGAAGGUGGUGGUGUUGGUGUGUACAUUGCAGAAUCCGUGCCAUCUUCCGUGCGUGGGUCCUUGGUCUCGCUAUACCAGUUCAACAUCGCGCUUGGUGAGUUGUUUGGUUACUUGAUCGGUGUCAUCUUCUUCGACGUCAAGGGCGGCUGGAGAUUCAUGGUUGGUUCGUCUUUGGUCUUUUCAACUAUCUUGUUGGUCGGUCUAUUCUUCUUGCCUGAGUCCCCUCGUUGGUUGAUCCACAAGGGCCAUUCCACUGAAGCUUACAAGGUCUGGAGAAGGCUAAGAGACAUCUCGGACUUGAGCACCAUGAGAGAGUUCUUGGAAAUGCAACAGGCCGCUGAACAAGACAAGGAGUUGAAGAAACACGAGUCCAAGUACCAAAGUAUGUUCGACUUGGUCAGAAUCCCAAGAAACCGUCGUGCCCUUGUUUACGCUAUCAUGAUGGUCUCCUUGGGUCAAUUGACUGGUAUCAAUGCUAUCAUGUACUACAUGUCCACCCUAAUGAAGCACAUUGGUUUCUCCCAAAAGAGAUCCGUCGCCAUGUCCAUGGUCGGUGGUGCCGCUUUGCUAUUGGGUACCAUCCCAGCUAUCUUGUACAUGGACAGAUUCGGUAGACGUCCAUGGUCCAUGACCAUCCUCGGUUUCAUCAUUGGUUUAAUCUUAGUCGGUAUCGGUUACAAGAUCAACUUGAAGACCCAUUUGGCCGCCGCUGAAGGUGUUUACUUAUCCGGACAAAUUUUGUACAACAUGUUCUUCGGUACUUACGCUACCCUAACGUGGGUCGUCCCUUCAGAGUCCUUCUCCUUGGCUACCAGAUCCGCCGGUAUGACCGUGUGUUCCGCUUUCCUAUACUUGUGGGCAUUCACCGUCACUUACAACUUCAACAGAAUGCAACAGGCCUUCACUUACACCGGUUUAACUCUAGGUUUCUACGGUGGUAUCGCCGUCGUCAUCGGUAUCCCAUACCAAUUGUUCUUCAUGCCUGAAACAAAGGACAAGACCUUGGAAGAAAUCGAUGACAUCUUCAACAUGCCUACCCGUAAAUUAGUUGCACAAAACGCAAGAAACCUAAGAGAUUUCUUUGCCGGUAAGAGAAAAUCCAUUUAG